AUGGGUUCCCUGAUUACCCUGUACUGCUCCUCCCAGCAAGUCCUGUGCCAGAUCAUCGGUGACCUCAACCCCCAGACACCCAACAAUGUCACCUCUAACAGCUGGCAGAAGUUCACCAAGACCUACAGCUUCUACGUCGGCCUGGGGCUGGCCAUCCUGUCGAGCUUCCUCAUCGGCAGCAGCGUCAUCCUCAAGAAGAAAGGCCUCCAGCGUCUGGUGGCCUCGGGGGCCACACGAGCUGUGGACGGAGGCUAUGGCUACCUAAAGGACGCGAUGUGGUGGGCUGGGUUCCUCACAAUGGGUGCUGGAGAAGUCGCCAACUUCGGGGCCUACGCGUUUGCUCCUGCGACAGUCAUCACACCUCUGGGAGCACUGAGUGUCCUCAUCAGUGCCGUCCUCUCCUCCUAUGUCCUGGGAGAGAGCCUGAACCUGCUGGGAAAGCUGGGCUGUGUGAUCUGCGUGACGGGCAGCACGGUGAUGGUGAUACACGCCCCCGAGGAGGAGAAGGUCACCACUGUCGUUGAGAUGGCGGCCAAGAUGAAGGACACAGGGUACAUCGUGUUCGCUGUGCUGCUGCUGGUGUCCUGCCUCAUCCUCAUCUUCGUCAUCGCCCCCCGUUACGGACAAAGGAACAUCCUCGUGUACAUCGUCAUCUGCUCCGUGAUCGGCGCCUUCUCGGUGUCCGCCGUCAAGGGCCUGGGCAUCACCAUCAAGAACUUCUUCCAGGGGCUGCCGGUGGUGCGGCACCCGCUGCCCUACAUCCUGUCCCUCAUCCUGGCGCUCUCGCUCAGCACUCAGGUCAACUUCCUCAACCGGGCGCUGGACAUUUUCAACACCUCCCUGGUGUUCCCCAUAUACUACGUGUUCUUCACCACGAUCGUGGUCACCUCCUCCAUGAUCCUCUUCAAGGAGUGGCACAGCAUGUCUGCCGUGGACAUUGUGGGCACCCUGUCUGGCUUUGUCACCAUCAUCCUGGGUGUGUUCAUGCUUCAUGCUUUCAAGGACCUGGACAUGAGCCAGACGCGCUUGCCCCACAUGCACAAGACCCCCACCCCUGCCCCCGCCCCCGAGCCCACUGUCAUUAGACUCGAAGACAAGAACGUCCUUGUGGACAAUAUAGAGCUGUCCAGCACCCCGUCGCCAGAAGAAAAGCCCAAAGUGUUUACCGUCCAUUCUUAAGGCUCAGGACCGAGGUGUGAGGACGAGCCCCGUGGCACAGCCUGGCUUCUCGGUUUCGGAGCCACCUGGUUAUUCUCAGCAUGACUGUUACCAGUGGGCCCUCUUUUCUGAGACGCUCGUUUAUACCUCAUCACUGUUUCCAGGAGAGGAAUCCCUACCCAGCCGGUGGUGGGGGCACAGCCUCCUGGAAACACAGCCUCAGUGACUAGACACCCCACUCGCAUUGUUGCCAGCGGUCCCCUGGACCUCCCCUCCCACGUGUUUCCUCGGCGCCCUCUGUGUGUUGUUGGGAAGACAGAACCUGACCCGUUGAAUGUAGCGCGGCCUAAGGACGUCCCUGAGAUGCUGGUGUCGGGAAGUCCUCAGCACCCGCCCCCCAAGACUGAUG